UCCGGUAUGGGCUCAGCUUUAGUACUAUUGCUUGUCGUGGUGCAGCUGGUGCUGAUUCCGGACGCCGCUGCGGAUUCCCUCGAAACAGCAGAGCCGAGCGUGGAGAGCCGCAUGCCGCGAUGGGUGACAGCCUCGCCGUCGGGCUCCCCCGGGGAGGAGACGGAAGGCUUCUCCAUGGUGUCCCCGCUCCCCACGCCCUCCAAUCUCACCAAGACCAACACCAGCGACAACAUCACGGCGCAGCUGGGGGCGUCGGUGUUCCUGCCGUGCAAGACGCAUCACUCCAUGGAACGGCAGGUGUCCUGGGUCCGACGCCGGGAUUGGCACAUCCUGACAUCCGGGACUUUGACCUAUACCAAGGAGGCAAGGUUCUCCGUCCACCAUCCAGAGGGCAGCACUGAAUGGACGCUGGCGAUUAAAUAUGUGGAGCUGUCUGACGCAGGAACAUAUGAGUGCCAGAUCUCCAGGGCGGUGGCAUUGUGUCGCACCUUGUACACCUGAACGUCGUGGUACCCCGGGCGGUCAUACCAGGCAACGGCGAGUACCACGUGGACACAGGAUCGACUAUCUCACUGGACUGCUUCAUU